GAUGUCAAGACACACGGAGUGUCCUUCAAGUGCAAGAUGAAAAUCGAAAAGGAAAAGAUUGAGGUUCGCAUGAAAGGAAUCCAGUUUCCUCUUGUUAGCAAUUCAGCGACCACAGGACAUAAGUUGCAGGGAUACACAGCAUCGCAACUGUUGGUGUGGAACUGGCACUAUGCAGAUAAUUGGGUUUACGUGGUACUUUCAAGAGUAAGAGAAAUGAAAGGCCUCUUCUUGCGAAAACCACUGUCGCUCGAUUUAACAAAGUACCAGAUGCCAGAGGAAAUGGUGCAUAUGCUGGAAACUUUCAGUCGCUACAUUCCCUUCGAUACUCUUUCCGCCGACAAUUACGAUGAAAUGUUACAGUCCGAAGCAGCAUUCAAUUAA